AUGGAUGAAAUUUGUUCCACUCAACCUACUGAUAUGAUAAAUAAUGAUGUCAUCAAUAAACCAAUGGAUAAGCUUCCUAUCUUAAGUGUUUAUGAAUCCGAAAAGAAAAUUAUAGAAUAUCCACUUGUGAAAAAAUAUUUAACUAUUGGGCGAGAUCCAAAAUGUGAUAUAUGCAUUAAAUCUUCACUACUUUCAAGAGAACAUGCCGUAGUUGAAUUGAAUGAAAAUUAUAUCUAUACUAUAACAGAUCUUGGUUCACUAAAUGGUACAAAACGUAAUGAUUUAUGCUUGAAACCUAAAAUAAGCUAUGAAUUAAGAGAUGGGGAUUGUUUAUAUUUCGGUGGAAUUUAUUGUACAUUAAAAUUUUAUCUUUCUUCAUCCAUGUCAUCAUUAUGUCUUCCUAAUACAUCCUCCUAUGAAAGUAUUAAGUCAUCGGAAUCAGUUUUACAGAAAAUCAAUUCGGAUACAUCUUGUCGCAUUCAGUAUUCUCUGACAGAAAAUCGACAAUCUGUUCAGUCGAAUUUUUCAUCUAAUCAAACUAAUGAUGACAGUGAUUGUUCAGUGUUAAGUGAACGUCUUCUAGCUGAAAUUGUUGUCAACACUGGCGAAAUUUCACAUGAUCUAUUGCCAAAUCCUGAUCACUUCAUUAAUAGUCGCUCACCAUCUUUAUCGAGUAGCACAGAUUCAGAUGUUAAAAAAACAAAACUGACAAACUAUGCAGAUGAUGUUGAUCGACUGCAAGAAAAUAUGUCGUCAUUUGAAAAUAGUGAACUUCAUAUGCAUACUGACAAUAAUGUUCAUUUAGAAAGUGAAUCAAAUCAAAAUUCACUGAUCACAGAAUCUGUCAUUAAAACUAAAGACUAUAUCAUUAAUGCUACCCCUUCGGACCAAUUAUCAAUCAAACCUGUGAAAGAUCACUUUACAUCUCAUGAUAUUAUUUCUGUUCCGCCUAUGAUCUUAACAAAUGAAACAGCUUCAACUCCUUUAACAUACAAUCGAACCAAUGUUCUACUUGCGCGAGACUCAGAUCCUGGUUGUAUUGCUCAGUCGAUUGAUGAUCAUUUCGAACGGAUUAUUCGUUCGUCUACUUGUUUAUCUACGGAAGAGUCAAUAUUGGUUAUUGAAGAAAGUGAUUUAAUUACUAGCAAUACCACUAGAAGCAUAAACGAAACCAGUAGUCCUGGGAGAAAUGAAUCAAUUCCGUACAAAUCAGCUGUUGAUUUGAACAAUAGUGGUAAUGAUAAUAAUAAAUUCACUUCAAAUUUCAUUGGUAAAUCUACAGUUCAACAACAUUUGAAUGAACCGUUGAUAAGUAAUGAUUGUUUGGAGAUUGCAAGUGACAAUAAUUGCAGUCCAAGGAAAUCACGAAUAUUCAAUGGUAUUUGUUUAGAAAAUAAUAAAGAGAGGAUAGAAGAAGGAGAAGAAGAAGAAGAAGAAGACGAAGAUGAAGAAGAUGGCAUGCAAAUAAAAUUAAUAACUAACCCCGCUUGUACCAUCAAUACCACGAAGAACGAAUAUUAUGCAUCAACCGAUGCAAUAAAUAAUCACGAUAUUACUUGUAACGAUCUUGUAGUAGUAACUUUACAACCAUUAGAAAAUUGUCCCACAAAUGAUCAAAAUAUUCAUAUUGAUUCAUCUGUUAAAGUGAAUGAACAUCAUUCUUCUGAUGAGAAAGCUGAUAUUAUUUUAUCCCAAGAAUGGGGAUCGGAUAUAAUUCGAAGUGAAAUUUCAUCUGAUCAAGUUCAAUCUGACAAUUAUGGUGACUGUAAUGUUAGCAAGAAAAAUACCAAAUCCAAUCAUUCUACUUUAUCAGAAUGUAAUUUAGGUACAGAUGAUAAAAAAAGCGCAAUUCCUAAACAAAGACGACGUGGUUCACGAUCUAAAGAUACAUCCUCAUUGAAGCAAUCUGUUGAAAAUUGUUCACACACUGGAAGACUGCGUUCGAAUGUAUCAAAAGUAACCAAAAAUGAUAUAUCUCAUUCGAUAGAUUCACCAAAGUGUGAUUUUACUAAAGAGAAUGGUAAUUUAUCAAAUAAUAGAAAUGACCAUAUAAAAUGUUCACAAGAAUGGGGCUAUGAUGUUAAUCAAGAGUUUGAUUCGAAACAAUCUGAUGUAAAUAAGUGUGUACAGAAUACUACAAUGAUUUCUGAACAGAAAUUAUCCACUAAUCAAAACUUAUCAGUUGAGAAUAUUCCAAUCACCAAUGAUGUCCUUUUGAAACCAAAAUUUUUAUCAUCAGAAACCAUGCAGUCGUCUGAUAUGGUAAAAAUAUGUCAAUCUCAACUCACACCUAUUAAUAAUCCUGAUAAUGAUUAUAAACUCUGUCGUUACAUUGAACAGUCUUCAUUGAUACGUUCGGCUAGAUCAUCAACACGUAGUCAACAAUAUUUCGAAUCGAUUAGUAAUUAUCAAUUACCCGGUUCUUUAGGUAUAAUGAAAAUUCCUAGAAGACGAAAUAAAAGAAGACAACAGCCACAAUCACAACAACAACGUCAAAGAUUGACGCCAAUUACUUCAUCGAUUUAUUUGAUAGAUAAACAUUGUAAUAUCAAUGAUAAUAAUAAUAAUAAUAAUAAUACUAACCGAUCAAGUCAUGGUCAACAUCAUGCACCACAUAUCCCUAGUCCAUUAUAUUUAUCUGGAAGUAUUUUAAGUGAAGAAUCGUCUUCGCAAUUAAUCGAUGAAAAAUUAGAAUCAAUUCAUCAUGAAGCAGGCCAUUCGCUGUUGAGUAAAAAUAAGGCGUUCACUGAAACCAUGCAUAGAAAUCAUCAAUCGUGUAUUUUGCAAUCUGCUGUCCAACUCGCUGGUUUUGAUGAAUCACCAGAAAAUGAACCUUUAAUACACAAUCAAACAGCUAUUAUUAAUGAACAUCUAUCAUUACCUUCAUUUUCUGAUCUUACACCUAAUUCAUUUGAUGAUAAAAUUUGCAUUAAAGUGAAUAAGAAUAAUAACAAUGAAAGCAAUAAUAAACAAUUACCAAUUAGUCCAAUGCCUUCUACUUCUUCUAUUUUACCGGUUACAUCAAUGUCUGAUGCAUGUAGACCAUCACUUGUUGUAGUGAAUUCAAAAAAACGAAAUUUACGCAAUUCAUAUACUACAACUCGAAGAAAUGCAACCAAAUCACUUGCUGAUGGUGGUGGUGGUGGUGGUAGUUGUUCACUUAAAAAUAACAAUGCACAUACAGAUCUUGAUAAUAAUAAUAAUAAUAGUAAUAAUAAUAAUAAUAAUAAUAAUAAGGUAGUCAAAAGAAGGCAAACAUUAUCAUCUAUAGUGAAAGAAAAGAAUCUCUCAAUACCUACAGAUAAAACAAUGAAACGUAAUUCAAGUGUAUCCAAAGUUGAAGUGAAUAAUAUGAAUAAUAACUCCUUGAAAACAUCGAUUCGACGAUCUGCACGACUUACUGCACAGUCUGAUAAGAAUUGUGAUAAACUGCCUUCUACUGUUACCUUACCAUUACAACAGAAUUUACAACCUAUUGUGUGUAUUCCAGAACAGUGUUGUAAUAGUAGUAAUAGUGCUUUUGUGAAUUCGAGUCCACAAAAUUCCGGAAAGAAUCCACGAAGACGACGUAUGACAACAUUGUCAGUUGAACCGAAAGGUAAAACUCGUAAAUUAUCCAAUACAGAUCAUCGUAAUACUUCCUUAACAUCUACUGAACCACCAAAAGCCGACACUUCUAAUCCUAUUCAUUUAAUAUUCAGUGGUGUUGAAUCUUCAAUUUAUUCAAAUAUUUUAAAAAAAUUAAAUGUAUCUGUAACAGAAGAUCCUACAGUUGCUGAUUACUUAAUUACUGAUCAAAUUAAGCGUACCUUAAAAGUAUUAUAUGCUAGAGCACGAGGUAUACCAAUUAUAUCAGUGGAAUGGUUAAAAGCAUGUAAACAAUCUCGUAAGAGUUCGAAUCCUGAUCCGUUGAAUUUCCAAUUGCAUUAUUAUUAUUCUCAUGAUACACAGUCUAUGCAUAAUAUGAUUUCUAAUCAUAGACAAUCAUUACGACAUCGAUCUUCUUCAUUGAUGAUAAGAUUGUCUGUUGAUAAACAACAACCGGAACAAUUUGAAGAAACAAAUCAAUUUCUAACUGGUUGGUCUUUCUAUUCAACUCCGAAUAUUAUACCAUCUUCAAUGGAUUUACAAAAGCUUACAGAGUUUGCUGGUGGUUAUUGGAUGUCUGAUGAAGAUUUAAUCAAUACUGUCAAUAAUUACGACGCUUUGCCUAUAAAGUCAGUUAUUAUCACAACCAAAGAUGAAUAUGAUAAUAUGUUAUUGUUAAAUUCAAAAUCAUCUCGUCGAACGUCUCGACUUUCAAGAAAUUUUAAACAAUCCAACGAGAAAAUCACACCAAUUUUACGCGCUUUCUCUUCGUUUGUCAUAGUCUCCAUUGAUUGGUUCUUACAGACUAUUAUGAAUCGUAAACCUCCAAUUUGGCCUAUUGAUUCACAGUAUAAAUUACAAUAA